AUGAAGCCUGCUCUUAUUGGCCUUGGCAGUAUGGUUCUGCUGGCUUCGGCCGCUCCGAUUUCUUCUGGCUCGCCCUCAUCUCUGGCCCCAGCCAACGAUGGACUGACUCUGGAAAAGAGAGCUGAGCUCGACCCCAUCAGACUCGAAACCCUGCCAGGCAGUGCGCUUGAGAAGCGAGCCAACAGGAGGAUGAACAUACCUAACCACGUCGGCACUGCGAUACAGAAUAUUGGCGCCGUUAUCGUCAAAGCCAUUGUUGAUGCCGCCGGCGACCUUAUCUUCCAAAUCACCAAUAAUGGUGGAGGCCCAGCGAAGGUGUCACUUCGCGAGAUAAACAUGGGGUUGGACGCUGCAAAUUUGAACAUUGCUGCUCAUCAUACUAUCGAAUAUGAUCCACUUGGCGCAAUCAACCCAGGCGAUGCGAUUUCAAUCAACUUUCAGACCUAG